AUGCUAUCCGAACACCUCGCCCUCCUGGCCCUCAUAGCCCCUCUGGUGUCCGCCCAAUGUAGCGGCUACAACUACAUCCCCAGUUUCCCCCACUGCGGCAUCAACUUCUCCGACGACACAUACCUAGAAUCCAACCUGAUCCCUCUCGAUUCCGGUUGUCCCCAAGCCUUCGGUAACAACUACCAAGCCAAAGCCACGUACACAGACUACGAAGGUGUGGUUUCCACCGUUGGGCUGGUAAAACCCGUGACUUCACCGUCUAAUCCGAUGGAGACGGUGAGGUUUUUGUAUAAUAUACGUUAUUCGCAUAUUUUGGAGGAUUCGCCGGUGACGGUGAAUUAUUAUUUUCCGAGGAACACGCUUACGAUUUCGGUGCCGGCGUUUACAAUUUAUAAUACGGCGGUUUAUACGGAUGCUACGUCUACGACUCUUAGUACUGUUGAGAGUGGGACUACUACAUCAACCUCAACAAUACAUUCGACAUCAACCACAACUACGACAAAGCUCUCAACUAUAACUUCCGUCGGUGUAACAGAAACCAUAACCCUCAAACCAAUCACCAAAACCCGUACGAUCACUCACGCCGUAAAGCCAACUACAAAGAAAGUCUUCACCACAAAGAAAAUAACCACAACCCUGCCAUGCAUUCCAAAUCCAAAACACCCCCGUCGUCAACUUCAUGACACACCAAACCCCAAUCUAGAUUUAAACCGUAGAGACACAGUCUUCGAAUCCAAAACCUAUGUAGUCCCAACCUGCGCGAAUACCCGUCCCACCACGACUACAUUAUACACAAACACUGUCGUUUCAAUUUCCACCAUAACCACCAAACUCACAAAGACAGUAUACACCACAAAGAUAGACAAAACAGUCACGAGCACAUCCACUCUAACGAUCUGGAACAGCGCCACCGGUCGAGUCACUGUAACCCCUCCACCCGUCACAAUCACCAAAAACGUCAAUGCUCCAAGGGUCACAGUAACUACUUCGGUGACCAUCAAACUCACGGUCACCAAGUAUGCUACAAAGACUUGUUGUAAUAAACCACCUCCUCCAAGGUAUACGACGAACAAGAGUUGUGUGAUUAAACCGCCAAAGACUACGACUAAGAAGGUUGUUAAGACGACGACUAAGAGGGCGCCGGUGGUGUAUAAGACUACGACGAAGAAGGCGGUGAAGACUACACCUAAGGCACCGGGGUAUAAACCAAAGACUACGGCUAAGCCGAAGCCAAAGACGACGAAGAAGUGUACGAAGAGUGCGGUGAAGACUACGAAGAGGUAUUAG